AUGACUGCCUCGUCAGUGGAUGGACAGGGCGUGAUUGGAGCGGCGGAGACAGACCGGAUCUACGUCUCGUUUAGAGGUCACGUGCAGUGGGUUCCCGAGGCCACAUACUCAGUUGUAUGUAAUGUGAACGUCAGAUUAUAUCCGUUCGACGAGCAGACGUGCACGUUGACAUACUCCGUUCCCGGCGAGACGAUGGACACAUUAGAUCUGGACCAUUACCAGAACGUCGACAUGAGCGAAUACGCGGAAAAUCCCUCCUGGAUCAUCGUUGGCGUCAGCAGGACCCGCUAUAUCCGUGACAACAACUACAACAUCGACAUCGAGUUCCGGAUGCGGCGAAGGGCUGACUUCACCACCUUUACGUUAGUAGCUCCUCUUAUGAUGUUAGCGUUCCUCAACAUUUGUGUGUUCCUGAUUCCAUCCAACUCUGGUGAAAAGGGCUCGUUCUCCAUCACGAUAUUCUUAGCCUACUCCGUCUAUAUUUCCAUGAUGAGCGAAACGUUACCGCACAAUUCCGUUGAAGUUUCCCUCUUUGUCGUGUUUAUCAUCGUCCUGCUUUGUCUCAGUGUCGUUUCCGUUUUCUACACGAUCAUUCAGGCGAAGCUGGCGAGCGCCUUCGGUAACAAAGAGUGUCCUCUCAACUGGUUCCGGUGUGCAGCUGAUCGAAACAAAGUAGUUCCAGUGGAUCCUGCUGGAAACCCCGAGAACACGUGUAUGUACACGUGGGAAAAAUUCUUUGAGCAGCUGGACACCUUCCUGUUCGGAUCUUUCCUCGUGACGAUCACCGUGGUUACCGGCAUCUUCUUCGGGAUUCUUCUAAGGAACUUAAAUUUUAACGACCCCGACCUCAAUCUGGAACCGGAAGGUACGACAAGGUCCAUGCCUUUUGUCACAACGGCUGCUGCAUAA